AUCAUGAGUCGGUGUCUCUCAGUUUCCGGCUUCACACUGCUAAGCUGGCAAGAUGGCGUCGGAACCGAACAAGACUGAUAUCCUUACAGUUUUUAAAAGACUGCGCUCGAUUCCCACCAACAAGGCCUGCUUUGACUGCGCUGCUAAGAACCCGAGCUGGGCCAGUAUUUCUCACGGGGUUUUCCUUUGCAUCGACUGCUCAGGGAUUCAUCGUUCUCUGGGCGUCCACCUGAGCUUCAUUAGAUCUACAGAGUUGGACUCCAACUGGAGCUGGUUUCAGCUGAGAUGUAUGCAGGUUGGAGGAAAUGCGAAUGCGAUGGCGUUUUUCCGUCAGCACGGUUGCACUACCAACGACACCAACGCGAAAUACAACAGCCGUGCCGCGCAGAUGUACCGGGAGAAGAUCAGACAGCUAGCCAAUGCAGCGCUCUCCAAAUACGGCACUGAUCUGUGGCUCGAUAAUUCAGGAAACACUCUGACCUCAGCGCCAGAGAAGAAAGAGACUGACUUCUUUGAUGAGCACACUCAGGCCGGCAACAGUUGGGACAUGGCCUCUCCUUCACUAUCGGAGCAGAACGGAACGAUCACUGUUACUCCUCAGCUGGAGCAGGACAGCCCCAAAGUGUCAGAAUCCGGCCCCACCCAACUGGAUGAAGGACCCAGCAUCGAGGGACUGAACACGGAUGCAAAAGCCACUAUAGACAACUCGAUGAGAUUGGCGUCUGACGAGCCACAGCCUCUUAAAGAUGUGAGACCUUCGAUUAUUGGAAAGAAGAAGCCAGUUGCUGCAAAGAAAGGGCUUGGGGCUAAGAAGGGUCUCGGGGCCCAGAAAGUGAGCAGCAAGAGCUUCAACGAGGUGGAGAAGCAGGCACAGGUGGCCGAAAAGAUGAGAGAGGAGCAGGCUGCCGAGGCUAAGAAACAGGCUGAGGAGUCAAUUGUGGCAUCAAUGCGUCUGGCCUACAAAGAGCUGGAGAUUGACAGGAAGAUGGAAGAGAAAAGGUUGCAGAACCUGGAGGGGAAGAAGAGGGAGCAGGCUGAGAGGCUUGGCAUGGGCUUAGGAACCAGGAGUGUUGUGUCACACUCUGUGAUGUCAGAGAUGCAGGUGAUUGAGCAGGAGACCCCCGUGAACUCAAAGUCCUCCUCUCGCUCCCGACUGGACAUGUUUGAUGAGCCUGGGUUUACCUCUGGACCACCAAAGUACAAGGACAACCCCUUCACUACAGGAGACAGCUUUGGCUCACGGUGGGAUUCUGAUUCAGGCUCCGCCUCCUUCUCCUCCUCUUGGGCUCUAGAGAAGGAGGAGCCCAAAGAGACUGAAGUGACCAUCUCAAGCAUCCAGCCAAUCGGGGAAAGGUUGCCCAGCAGAAGGAAACCGGAAGCUUCCGUGUCCGUCGCAGAGUCCAGCGAGGCACGGCAGAAGUUUGCUAAUGCUAAAGCGAUCUCGUCUGACAUGUUCUUUGGGCGUGAGAGCAAUGCUGAGUAUGAGGCCAAGGCUCGUCUGGAGAGCAUGUCCGGCAGCACAUCUAUUAGCUCGGCCGAUCUGUUCGGGGAUGGAAGCAGCCGCUCGACAGGGGGAUCAGGAUUCGAGGGUGUGCUUCCCUCUGGACCGGACAUGGCCCAGUUUAAGCAGGGCGUGAAGACCGUGGCUGGAAAAAUGGCCGUGCUGGCUAACGGGGUCAUGAACACCAUUCAGGACCGCUAUGGCUCUUACUGACAGGACUGCACGAUUCGAACAGGAAAGGAAAUGACAUCAAACAGGACAUACCACACUGCUGACUGGAUCAGGCUUUGUUUUUUUUUUCCUCCUCUAAUGCAUUGUACCUGAAGCACAGAGGGAGAAAAUACAGAAACAAAAAGAAAAGGAGGAGACUGCACAACACAGGACCUCCUUAUCUCUUUUCCCAGUCUGCCUACAGGCUUUUGUAGAUUCUCUCUCUCUCUCACUCACUCACUCACUCACUCACUCACUCACUCACUCACUCACUCACUCACACACACACACACACACACACACACACACACACACACACACACACACACUCUGACUGUCUCUCUUUCUCUCUCUCUCACACACACACACACUGACUGACAGUAUUUCAGUUUUUUUUUCCUUGGAAGUCCUCAAAGCUGUAGAAAGUGUGUUUUUCCGAACCGCAGUGCUUUCUGUUGAAACUAACCGUGCUGGCUUUUUUUUUUUUUUUUUUUAAAUGCCAUAUUACUGGUCUGAGAUUUCAUAGAAUUGAUUUAAGUAUUCUCUAUGAAAUAUGUAUAUCCAAACUUAUCCUUAGCUCUUCAAUGUUUUCAUUGCUUUUUUGUAUUUAAGUGGUAUUAUAUUCUUCAUGGGCAUGUGCAUUCAUGACUAGUACAUUCACCUCACGCAGAAAGGGAACCAAGAUGGUUAUAUUUCAAGUUCAAUUGGAAAUCUGUGAGGUCCAGUGACUAAAAAUGGAUAUUGUCCUAAACUGUAUGAGUGAGGUAGCUUUUAGAUGUACAGGAUCUACCAAUUCGAGAUGUUUCGAACGUUAAAGAAUGGACGGAGAACGAGCCGACGUGCAAUACGUCAUCCUCUUUCGUAAAGAUGGACACAUCAGAUUUUGCUGUCUGAAAAUCAUUUUGAAAAGCGUCGUGGUUUUGUGAUCUUUCUCCAAGCAUGCUCGUUCAGGCCCGUGAUCGUAAAACUCCUUUCAAAGCAAACCUCGAGAAAGUCGUACUUUUAACAAGCUGCAGACGGAGCAGAGGAAAUCUGGCAGAUAUUAUCGAUGCAGAUCGAGAAUGGGGUUCACAGACUUGACGAGGCGUCUGCAGCCUCUUACACGUACAUCAGUUCUUAGACUGGUGUGGAUUUUAAUGAGUUAAACAGGAUUAAAGAUGAACUGAAUGAUUUUGACAAAUCCUUAUGUGAUCCUUCCUGAUACAUGCAUUAGAAAAGGUGUCCCCCCCCCCCCCCCCUUUAGAUUGAAACUGUGUGCUCUUGAAAAAUCUCAACGUCCAUAUUCAUGAAAUUUGUCUUGUUUGUGAAAUUGAAAAAAUAAAGGACGUUAAUUCGACUUCACCUGAAAAUAGGUGUUUAUUGUAGAUCUGUGGAAAAAAAAAUUAAGUUUUAUGUAAAUAAAAGUUAACCUCCAAAAUGCAAUCAUUUGACAUCACUGUAUUAAAAACUUUUUUUUUUUUUUUUUUUUUUUAAAAAGAAAGAAA